AUGGUUGUGUUCCGGUUUGGGCUUCUGCUGUGGUGUGCUACGACACUUUCUGGUUUGGCAGCGGCGAACUCUUUACCUCUGGUCACAUGCGACGACGACAGCGUGAUGGCGGCAGCCGGCAUGGCCGUCCGUCGUAUCAAUGACAACCACAAGCAUGGCUUCAAGUUCAAUCUGCAGGAGGUCCAGAGCAGCAACUAUCAACAGUUUUCUGGAGGUUGCCAUAUCGAUGUCAACGUAAAGCUGGUGCAGACCAAAUGUCACUUCACUAACCCCAAACCUGUGAACCAAUGCAAGCUGUGGCAGCAGAAUGAGCGGGGUGCAGUGGCCACCUGCAGCGUUGAAUUUUGGGUCAUGUGGGGUGUGGCCAAAAUCACCAAAUAUGAAUGUACCACCAGGCCAGAACUUACCAAUGAAGAGGCGUUAACAACUUGUCCCGACUGCCCUCGGUUGUUGCCCCUGGACGAGCCUACUGCCGUCAAGGCGGUGCACGACGCUGUGGUCAAGUUCAACAGCGAGAGUACACGCCACAAUUACUUCACCCUGAUGGAGGUGGCUCACGUCACAACGGGGGACCUGGCAAGGAUCGGCACAAUCACCUGGCUCAAGUUCGCCCUGGUGGAGACCACGUGUCCCAGAGGGGCCAGGAGUACUUUUGUAGCCUGCGUGCCUCUCUGUCCAGACAGAGCUUAUCGUGCCUUUUGUCAAACCGCCUAUUACAACUCGUAUGGACAAGUGGGUGAACUUGACUGUGAAAUGUAUCCACCAAAAGUAAGUCAACGUAAGAAUGAAAUAUAUGUACUUGUACACCCAGAAUCCCUAAUUGUUCCUCUUGGUUCUCCACAGAUUCCUGGCCCCUACCCAACUGGUGAACCAGAGCCCAUUUGCAUGCCGUUGUUCCACCAAAGUUCAGAAGCUUGCCUCUGCAAGGACAAACUGAAAAGCCCUGAUCCGUCCCUUCAUCAUGUUUGUCCCUUCCCGCUAAAGUGA